CCCCGCCCGGCCGCCAUGGCGUCCUCGCUGGGGCUCGGUCGCCGCCUCGUCGUCGUCCUGGUCCCCGUCCUCCUGGUGCCCGUCCUCCUGCCGCCGCCAACGCCGAACCCCGGCUUCGGCCAGGCCGGCGGCCCCUCGUUCACGGUGGACCGGGCCCGGGGCGUCUUCCUGCGGGACGGCCUCCCCUUCCGCUACAUCUCCGGGAGCGUCCACUACGCUCGCGUCCCGCGCGCGCUCUGGGCCGACCGCCUCCGCAAGAUGCGCAUGAGCGGCCUCAACGCCGUGCAAGUCUACGUCCCCUGGAAUUACCACGAGCCGCGGCCCGGGGUCUACGACUUCGCCGGCGAGCGGGACCUGGAGGCCUUCCUGGAGGCGGUGGCCGCCGAGGGGCUCUUGGUCAUCCUCAGGCCGGGACCCUACAUCUGCGCCGAGUGGGAGAUGGGGGGUCUCCCGUCCUGGUUGCUGCGCAAGGCCGACGUCGUCCCGAGGACCUCCGAUCCGGACUUCCUGGACGCCGUGGACGCCUGGUUUCACGUCCUGCUGCCGAAGGUUCGGCUGCACCUGUACCAAAACGGAGGAAACAUCAUCAGUGUGCAGGUGGAGAACGAGUACGGCAGCUACUGGGCCUGUGACGCUUCGUACCUGCGGCACGUGUCGGGGCUGUUCCGGGCCGUGCUGGGGGAGGGCGUCCUGCUCUUCACCACCGACGGCCCCUCCGGCCUGCGCUGCGGCACCCUCCGGGGACUCUUCGCCACCGUGGACUUCGGGCCAGGCGACAACAUGACGGAGGCCUUCGCCCUGCAGAGGGAGUACGAGCCCAACGGGCCGCUGGUCAACUCGGAAUACUACACGGGCUGGUUGGAUUACUGGGGAUCCCCCCACUCGACGGGCGACGCCGCCGCCUUGGCCCGCGGGCUGGAGGCCAUGCUGACCCUGGGGGCCAGCGUCAACAUGUACAUGUUCCACGGAGGCACCAACUUCGGCUACUGGAACGGCGCCGACCUGAAGCAGAGCUACCUGCCCGUCACCACCAGCUACGACUACGACGCCCCGCUGAGCGAGGCCGGCGACCCCACCGACAAGCUCUACGCCCUGCGCGGCGUCAUCGCCAAGUUCCAGCCCGUGCCCCUGGGGCCGAUGCCCCCGCCGACUCCCAAGAUGACCUUCGGGCCCGUGACCCUGACGCCCGUCGGAGCGCUGACCGACUUCUUGGACCUCCUGUGUCCUUCGGGCCCCCUCCGCGUCCCCCGGCCUCUGCCCUUCGAGGCCGUCAAGCAGGACCGGGGCUUCCUGCUGUACAGGACGCGGCUCCCCCGGAGCCUGCCGCGGCCGACUCCGCUCCGGGCGCCCGACGGGGGCGUCCGCGACCGGGCCUACGUCCUGCUCCAGGGGGCGUACCGAGGCGUGCUAGAACGGGACGGGGAGGGCGUCCUGCUGCUGAAGGGCGAGGAGGGAGCCGUGCUGGACCUGCUCGUGGAGAACAUGGGGCGCAUCAGCUUCGGGGCCAACGCCAGCGAUUUCAAGGGCCUGACGGGCCCCCCGGUCCUCGGGGGGGCCGCGCUCGCCGACUGGCUCCUCUUCCCCCUGGACCCCGACUCCCUGGUCCGCUCGGGCCGGCCCCCCGCCGGGGCCUCGCCGCGGGCCCCCCGGCCCGGCCCCGCCUUCUACACCGUCCGUUUCCUCCUCCCCGGCCCGGCCCGGGACACCUUCCUCUACCUCCCCGGAUGGACCAAGGGCCAGGUGUGGAUCAACGGGUUCAACCUGGGCCGCUACUGGCCGGCCCGAGGCCCGCAGCGGUCGCUCUUCGUGCCCGGCCCCCUGCUCCGGGGGCGGGGGGCCGCCAACACCCUGACGCUGCUGGAGCUGGAGGCCCCCUCCCCCCGCCUCCAGGCCCUCUUCCUGGACCGGCCCGCGCUCAACGGGACCGCCGCCCGCCCGAGGCGCAGGACGGAGGCCGGGUGACCGAGGCCGGGAGGCCGGGCGGCCGGGGGCGACCGGGCCGGCCGUCGCGACGUCCGACUUUAUCUGCCAUUAAAAAGG